AUGGCAGAUGCUGUGAGUAUAUGGAAAAAACCUCGAUGGGAUCAAGAGGAGGAUGUAAUUCUGAUUAAAAGGCACUGUCAACAACAGGGAAAUGUGUGAAAGAGCACUCUUGUUCUCCUGACCAAACUUCUCUCACAUGUCCAGGCUUUGAAAAAAGAUUUGAAUGGUGUUUUAGCUGCAUACGUGGGCUUUGCUACAGAACUGGAGAAGCAGAGCAAACAGCUAUUGGAGCGGAUGGGCAUUAUCAGCAAAGCGGUCCAGAGUGACCAGGUUGGUGACACUCAAAGGCUACAGGCACAGGUGGCUUCUCUGGAACACUCUUUACAAGAGGAAAAGGAAAGUCAAAGAUCAGAGCAGAUGAGGUGGAGGGAGAUACUCUACACACUAAUCGAGCAUAGGGGUAAUAUUAGCGUGCACUGCAGGGUGUGCCCCGUCCUGCCUUUUGACUACAUCCACUGUUCUUUAUCCACUAAUGGGAAAAAUCCCAAUCAGUCAUUGUGGUAUGAGGAUGGAGCAGCAGUGGGGGUUAAGACAGAAGUCAUCACGACCAGCAAAGGCACUAGUGAAGUGCCCUGUCUUACAUACAGUUGUAUGCAAAACUCAGCAGAGGUGAUGCAGCUCCGCCUCCUCACACUACAGCUGUUGGCUCUCACCCUCAGUCUUCCCCCUGCCAUUCACCCUGCCCCUUUCACCUCUUGGCAGGUUGUACCCCAGGAACCACUCAGAACAAAGCUGCAGCUGGUUGAUCUGUCAGGCAGUGAGUGUGCAGGCACAUCAGGGGUCAGUGGAGCAGUUUUGUGGGAGAGCUCCUGUAUAAACUGUAGUCUCUCUGCUUUGUCUGAUGUUCUGAGUGCUCUGGCAGAGCAACGUUCCCACGUGCCCUACCGUAACAGCAAAAUUACCCACCUUCUACAGGGCUCAUUAGGUGAGCAAUAUAAACUUGUGAUUGCAUUUGACGUACUCUGUGUGUCUCGCACUCAGCACUUUCUGUCAGAGACUUUGCAGAGUUUGGGCUUUGGAUGCAGAGCCAGACAGAUUCAGAGAGACACCCAAGACAGGAGGACUGCUGGGCUGAAGAGGAAGUAAACCAGCAGACUAGUAAAAUAGCACAGAUCAUAAAACCUGUCAAUGUACAGCUUUUAAGAGAUCAACCUAUGUGUGAGGUUUCAUGAUGUGAAGCCAGGUCAUGAGACUUCACAGCACAGAUAUCACAUGGAGA